AUGGCGACAUCAACGCAAUUUUCCAUCCAGAAGGACAACACGGAAACAAUUGAGUGGGCUGAUAACACCAAGCAGCAGCUGGAUCAGCAGGAGGCACAACGACUCGGGUUAGAGUUUGAUCCAAAGUCGCCAGAGAACAAGAAGCUAGUCCGUAAGCUCGACUGGCGGCUGGUGCCUAGCUGUUGGGCCCUCUACCUACUGUCCAAUGUCGACCGCGCCAACAUAGGGAACGCCAAGACGGGCGGGCUCGAGGAUGACUUUAAGCUGACCUCGACGCAAUACUCCAUCAUCGUGCUGGUCUUCUUCACAUCUUAUAUCGUCUGCGAGGUGCCCUCGAACAUGAUCCUGGGCCGAGUGCGGCCCAGUAUCUACCUUCCAACCCUCGCCAUACUAUGGGGCAUAGCGGCAGCCUGUCAAGGGGCAUGUCAGAACUGGCACCAGAUUGUCUGCCUGAGGUUUCUGAUCGGCUUCUUUGAGUCCGGCUUCGCUCCUGGGUGCGCAUUCUAUCUUUCCUCUUGGUAUAGGAAGUAUGAGCUUGCAUCACGUUACGCCUGGCUGUAUACCUCUGUUGCCGUUGCUGGUGCGGUCUCCGGAUUGCUGGCCGGUGUGAUCACGGAGUUUAUGGACGGUGCUGGAGGUAUAGCAGGUUGGAGAUGGCUGUUUAUAAUCGAGGGCGUUGCUUCAUGUGUCCUCGGCGUGAUUGUAAUGUUCGUCAUGCCGGACUACCCAACUUCGAUAAAUAGCAAGUUCCUCACCCAGGAAGAGCGCAUCUUGGCUUGCAAUCGCCUCGCCAUUGAUGGCAUGGGUCUUGCCCAAGGCGCACAGCAGAGAGUUGGCGAGUGGACUGCGUUGAAGAUGACUGUCAAGGACUGGCGAACAUGGUGUCUCUGCUUCCUGUUUGUGAUGGGAACUGGCAGCCAGACCAUCCAGUACUUCAUCCCUUCGUUGGUGGAGACGUUUGGCUGGAAAGGCCACUAUGCUCAAUAUAUGACCAUCCCCGGAUACGCCUUUGCCGUGGUCUGUAUCCUGGUUGGGUGUUUCACGGCGGACUACCUCCAGAUGAUAUGGCCAGUGCUCACCGUCAUGUCGGGCUCAGGUUUUGUUUUCUUCGUCGCCACCACGGCAUCCACCGAUGGGAUGGUCCGAUAUGUGCUGGGGAUAUUUGCAUUUGGCACUAUCUACGGCUGUUCUCCACUGACUAAGACGUGGAUUUCCCACGUGCUUUCUCAUCCGUCCGAGAAGCGGGCGGUUGCGAUUGCCCUGAUCAAUGCCCUCGGUAAUGGUUCGUCCAUCUACGGAUCGUUCUUGUGGCCAGACAAGGACUCGCCCAGGUUCACCCCUGGCUUUGCGUAA